UGGUGGGCAUCCACUAGCCUGAACUGAACGCGGCUGCUGCUCCUCCCCCGACGGUGCUCCCGAGCUCGGCAAAUGUUGUCUCCGGGGCGGCGGCGGCCUGACGAAGCGCGACGGCUAGGACAACCGCGGCGACCUUUAGUGCCGUCGGUGGCGGCGUCGGGAAACUCACUCCACGCCACGCGCUGACAUGGACGAGCCCCCGCCCCCGCGGCCCGCGCUCAACUCCGCCGCGGCGACGUCAUGGCCGGAGCUGCUGGCGCCGUUCGACCUGUCCCGCCUGCGCGCCACGCUGUCCUCCCACCCGCUCACCCCGCGGCGCCUGGCGCGCCUCCUCGCGCUCCCGCUCUCCCCAGCCACAUCCCUGCUCCUCCUCGACUGGUACGCCUCCUCCCACCCGGCGCUCUCGCUCUCCUCGCUCCCGCUCCGCCCCAUCCUCGCUUCUGUCGGGGCCGCCGGGGACCCGGACCGCGCGCUCGCGCUCCUCGACUCCCUCCCGCGCUCCUCCCGCCUGCCGCCGCUCCGCGAGUCGCUCCUGCUGCCGCUGCUCCGCUCCCUGCCCCCGGGCCGCGCGCUCCACCUGCUCGACCAGAUGCCCCGCCGCUUCGCCGUGACCCCGUCCUUCCGCUCUUACAACGCCGUGCUCUCCACGCUGGCCAGGGCCGACUGCCACGCCGACGCGCUGCUCCUGUACCGCCGGAUGCUCCGGGACCGCGUGCCGCCCACCACCUUCACCUUCGGCGUCGCCGCGCGCGCGCUCUGCCGACUCGGCCGCGCGCGCGACGCGCUCGCGCUGCUCCGCGGGAUGGCGCGCCACGGGUGCGUGCCCGACGCCGUGCUCUACCAGACCGUCAUCCACGCCCUGGUCGCACAGGGCGGGGUCGCCGAGGCUGCCACGCUCCUCGACGAGAUGCUGCUCAUGGGCUGUGCGGCGGAUGUGAACACCUUCAACGACGUUGUGCUCGGGCUGUGCGGGCUCGGCCAUGUGCGGGAGGCGGCCAGGCUCGUGGACAGGAUGAUGAUGCAUGGAUGCACGCCGAGUGUGGUGACAUAUGGGUUCCUCCUGCGGGGGCUGUGCCGAACAAGGCAGGCGGACGAGGCAUACGCGAUGCUGGGGAGGGUGCCGGAGGUGAACGUGGUGAUGCUUAACACAGUGAUCCGUGGAUGUCUGGCGGAGGGGAAGCUGGCCAGGGCGACAGAGUUGUAUGAGAUGAUGGGUUCAAAAGGAUGCCCACCGGAUGUGCACACGUACAAUAUAUUGAUGCAUGGCCUUUGCAAGCUUGGGAGGUGUGGUUCAGCAGUCCGGAUGCUUGAUGAGAUGGAGGAGAAGGGCUGUGCACCAAACAUCGUGACCUACUCUACCUUGCUGCAUUCGUUUUGCAGGAAUGGCAUGUGGGAUGACGCAAGAGCAAUGCUGGAUCAGAUGUCAGCCAAGGGCUUUAGUAUGAACUCCCAGGGAUACAAUGGUAUCAUAUAUGCCUUAGGCAAGGAUGGCAAGCUUGAUGAAGCAAUGAGGCUUGUCCAAGAGAUGAAGAGUCAGGGAUGCAAGCCUGAUAUUUGCACAUACAACACAAUAAUUUAUCAUUUGUGCAACAAUGACCAGAUGGAUGAGGCAGAACAUAUUUUCGGAAACUUACUUGAAGAGGGUGUUGUCGCCAAUGGAAUAACCUAUAACACUCUCAUUCAUGCACUUCUGCACAGCGGAAGGUGGCAGGAAGGCCUAAGACUUGCAAAUGAAAUGGUACUUCAUGGUUGCCCGCUAGAUGUUGUUAGCUACAAUGGCCUGAUUAAAGCCCUCUGCAAAGAGGGGAAUGUUGAUCGGAGUAUGAUGUUGCUUGAGGAAAUGAUGACAAAGGGAAUUAAGCCAAAUAAUUUCUCGUAUAACAUGCUGAUCAAUGAACUCUGCAAGGCAGGAAAGGUGCGUGAUGCAUUGGAGCUCUCAAAGGAGAUGCUGAAUCAAGGACUGACACCAGACAUUGUGACUUACAAUACUCUCAUAAAUGGGUUAUGCAAAGUGGGAUGGACACAUGCUGCUUUAAAUCUCCUAGAGAAGCUGCCCAACGAAAAUGUGCACCCUGACAUUGUCACAUACAACAUUCUCAUUAGUUGGCACUGCAAAGUCAGAUUGCUUGAUGAUGCGUCUAUGCUUCUAGACAAAGCAGUAAGUGGGGGAAUAGUUCCUAAUGAGCGAACAUGGGGAAUGAUGGUGCAAAAUUUUGUCAGACAGCCAGUCAAUCCCGACGGUUACUAGAAGGAUUUAUUGUAUAUGUUGUAUGUCAUAAUGGUUUUGGGACUCUGCAGCUCGAUGUGCUUUUACAUCAAUAUGGGUGCAUUUAACUUCCAGCAUAGUGACUGUCGCGCAUGUUGAUCUGGACUAUUGGAGCCCUUUUUCUCUUAGAUUACUGAUUAAGCACCAAAGCAAAUGGCCAUUGACAGAAUUCAACCAGAGUCUUGGCUGAAAAUGCUUGAACGGGAAGGGAAGAUCCCUGGUAGCAUGGUGGUCAUCUCAUAUAAUGGACCUUUCUACUAUUCCAGCUGCACAUCCUACCUGCAGUAUUGAACUGCCCUAAGUGGCAGUGUUGAAUACCUAUGAAGCCUGAACCAUGGGAUGGUUGGCACUGGUCGUGAACUUGUGAUGCUGUCUGUGGUCAGCAAUUCCACGGCAGUUAAGGUCAACAUUUGGUCUCUCCUGAGAGAUUCUGACAUGUGCUCUUUUCAAGAACACUCCCAUCAUGGUGAACCCAAGCGCUUCGAUUUGAUGAAGAGCUGAUAAAUCAUGCUUGUGGCACAGGAAAGCAUGGCAAGUCCUCUCAGUGCAGCACACAAUAUAUUGGGUGGCAUCCUGACCCAGGAGCUUUUCCUCUGCUCCCAGCAUCGCAGAGGCGUUCACCGACUGAAUAACCUUUUUAGUCUUUGUGGUCCGGUCGAUAUUUGUUGCCGGACUGCUGGCAUCCUGCAGUUUCCAUGUAGCACUUGCCACUUGCCAGGCCCAAGGCAAGGCAAGCGACCCAGCAGCGUCGUGUGUCUCCGGCGCACUCCCCACCGCCUCCAACCUGCAGCCCCAGCGACCAGCGUGCGCAGCGGCUCGGCCGCAGAUGCACGACGUCGUGGUCGUGGUCGUCGCUUCCGAGGCUUUCCCCAAAGCACGAUGCGUCCAUGGCCAUGGCCAAGGCGGCCGACCAUAUGUGUGUGCGUGCGUGGGAGCAAGAGCAAACUGGAUGGGUCAUGGGAGUUGUUACCGUUCGUCGCGUGUUACUAGGAAAUUUUAUUCACCCUUGGAUUC